UUUUUAUAAAAUUUUCCAUAAAAAUUUUUUUUAUAAGUAUUUGGUAUAAUUUUUUUGUUAAAAGGAAUUUAAUAGUUUAAUUUUAAAAACUAAAUUCAAUAAUUGAUUUCAAAAGAUUUGGUGUAAUUUUAUACUUUUGAGCAUGGGAGAUUCUACAAGGUCGUUCCAGGGACUUUUUAAUUCCUUUGGAGGAAUGCGAAAUAUGCAAAAUUUUGGGCCCUUGGCUGACACUUCAGAACAAGUUUACAUCUCGUCUCUUGCUCUACUUAAAAUGCUAAAACACGGGAGGGCUGGAGUUCCUAUGGAAGUAAUGGGUUUGAUGCUGGGUGAUUUUAUUGACGAUUACACUAUCAGAGUCGUUGACGUUUUCUCAAUGCCCCAGUCAGGUAACAGUGUCAGCGUUGAGGCUGUUGACCCAGUCUAUCAAACUGAAAUGAAAGACCAACUUAAGAGAACAGGACGUCCGGAAGUCGUUGUUGGUUGGUAUCACUCACAUCCGGGCUUUGGAUGCUGGUUUUCAGGAACUGAUGUGAAUACUCAGCAGAGUUUUGAGCAGUUAAAUCCUCGUGCAGUUGGAGUUGUUAUUGAUCCUAUCCAAUCUGUCAAAGGCAAAGUCGUUAUUGAUUGUUUCAGACUCAUUUCUCCACAUCUCAUUAUGCUAGGACAUGAGCCAAGGCAGACUACUAGUAAUAUUGGUCAUUUACAGAAGCCAACGAUUAUUGCACUGGUUCAUGGCCUGAAUCGGAACUACUAUAGCAUAGUAAUAAACUGCAAAAAGACACCACUUGAGAGUCAAAUGCUCUUAAACUUUAAUAAGAACAGAUGGACCAAGGAUUUACACUUACAGGAUUUUGUGGAGAGGCAGAAGGAAAACAAUGAUUUAGUGCGUGAAAUAAGAGAUUUAUGUGAAAAAUAUAACCAGAGUAUCAAGCAGGAGAUGACAUGUAAACCUGAAGAAUUGGUAGUCGCAAACGUAGGAAAACUUGACGCUAAAAAACACAUUGAAAAUAGCGUCAACACUCUACUCUCAAAUAACACAUUAAACGUUUUCAGCACAAUGCUCGCAAUUGAAAUGUUAUAGCUUCUCAAACAACUUAGUCCAGACUGUUUUCUGACAAUUUUAACAUUACCAAACAUUAUACUUUCGUUUCAGAAUAUAAUAAGACGGUUUGGGCAAAGAUCUUUAAUUUAAAUAAAAAUAUAAAAAAUAAUCUAAAAUCGAACAUUA